AUGGACACCAGCUAUUUGGCCCAGCAGGUCAACACCAUCAUCGGCCAGUUGCAUGGCCUCUUUGACGAGAUCGGAGUCGCUAACCAUGACCGUGAAUCGCGGGAAUCCGAGCUCUUUACCGCACUAUCAGAAGCGCUUCACAACCAGGUCCGCGUUGUGGCGGCCGAGAAGAAGGACAUGAUCGAGGAGGCGCAGAGGAUACUCGCAGCCAUCCGGCAGAUGGAAGCUUCGCUCGACGAUAGCAAACCCCCUCGGCGCGACUAUGCGCCAGAUGAGGACGAACUAAAGAUUACGUAUCCGCUCACGCGAUGCCUGCAAGUUCUCAAAGAGAAACACACCCAGAUAAGCAGACUGCAUAGGGAGCGGUUCGAGCAGGUCAAGAAGCUGGUGCAGGCACUCGAAUCGUACUCGCUACAUCUCGAGCCUAGCUUUGUCCGGCUGACUCUGCCGCCAACCGGGCCCAACCAGUCUCUUCCGGCUAGCUUUGACCUGUCGCCUAAAUAUGUCGAUAAACUAGACGAAGAGUUUACGCGCGUGUACGAGGAGUACACGCGGCGCGUGGCCGAGGUUAAGUCGCUGUCGGAGGAGAUAAUACAGUUGUGGGCCGAGCUGGGCACGCCACAGGCCCAGACAGACAGCAAUAUCGUCAAGUACUAUCGCGACUCGCCAGAACAACUUGGCUUGCAUGCCGAUGACAUGUCGCGGCUCCGGGCCAGGAGAGACAAGCUGUCGGACGAGAAGAAGAACCGCGAGCGGCGGCUCCAGGACUUGCGUACGGCCGUAGAGGCCCUCUGGGAGAAGCUGAGCGUGGAAGAGCGGGAACGUAAGGCGUUUCUCAACGGCAACCGCGGCUGCGGCGUCCGCCAGAUCAACGAGUUUGAGGACGAGCUAGCGCGGCUGAACGAGCUCAAGCGGCAGAACCUGCACCUGUUUGUCGAAGACGCGCGCUUUAAGCUGCAGGAGCUGUGGGACGCGCUGUACCUGUCCGAAGACGAGAUGCUCGAGUUCACGCCCGCAUUUUCUGACGUUUACAGCGACGCCCUGCUCGAGGCUCACGAGCAAGAGCUGGCGCGGCUUGAGGCCUUAAGAGAACAGCGCGGUCCGACGCUGGCGCUGGUUGAGAGACACAGGACACUAGUGCACGACCGGGACGAGCUGGCGGCGUCGAGCCAGGACGCGUCCCGGCUCAUGAUGCGUGGCCAGAAGGGAGAGAAGCGCGACCCUGGAAAGCUCCUCCGUGAGGAGAAGAUGCGUAAACGCAUCGCCAAGGAGCUGCCCAAGGUGGCGGCGGAGCUGCGCAAGGGCCUCGAGAAGUGGGAAGACGAGUACGGCCGCCCGUUCCUCGUUCUCGGCGAGCGCUAUCUCGACAUCCUCGACAUGGACGAGGCAAGGCUGGGUCUGGGCCCGAGGUCCAAGACGCCAGCCCCAACACCCUCGGUGGCUAAGAUCUCAAACAACACGCUCAGUCGAGCCAACAGCGUCGGGAACCUGAAGUCGGCAGCAAAAAUCACAGCGUCAAGACCGCCCGCAGCUACCAUGACUAGCACUGUCAAACCGGCGCAAACCAGGGCCCAAACAACAGCAAACAACAAGGGCAGCCCAUCACGCAUCCCCGCGCGCGUGCCGCUCUCUAACCUAAAGCACGGCAACAACUCUCCGGAGCGCCCGCGGCCCGAGUCAAGAGCCGAGGCAGGCAACGGCCUGCGACACGGCGCGCCGCUCCUGAGAGCACCGCCACCCAAGAUGCGCGAUUUGAUGCCGCCGCCGGAACUCGCAACACCGGCGAACCACUACCGGUCAGCCGGGCUAGAGUCCAGCAUCGUGCGGCACGUGGAGCCCGAGGACGUGUACGACGACAGACAGCUCGGCAACCGGCCGGCGUCUCGCGACUACUACCAGCAAGCCGAGCGGCCCGGGACUGGGGCGCAAAAGAUGUCGUCGUCGUCGUACCCCCAGGCGCCGCCGCCACCGGCCAUGGGAGGGGGAGGAGGAGGAGGAGGAGGAGCGCCGCGGCAGAUCUCAAACACGUCGACGAUCGUGUCCGGGUCCGAGAAUUGGGAGACGUACGACGACAACUCGGAGCCCGAGGCGGACGCGUCCGACGCCUACUACGCCAAGGUGCGGGCAGCGCGCGCCGGCAAGCGCAUGACGCCCGAGACGGGCUACUCGCGGCCGCACGCCGCCGGCCCCGCCGCCAAGCGCCCACGCGGCUUCCCCCCGGGCUACCCUCACCACCAACAACACCCAGCCUCCCAUGCUCAUGCCGGCCAUGUCAUGGUCGACCACGAGGGCAACCGCAUCGUGUCGGGAGUGUCGGGCAGCGAGUGGACCGACGAGGACGCUUUCUGA